UAGAGCCCGAGCGCACGCGGAGCGAUGGCUGCAGCAGCGGCGGCAGCAGCAGACCUGGAUUGUGUUUACGACGCAGCGCACGAGAGCGGCAUAACCUCGGGAGAAACGGACACCGCGCGCACCCGAUUUCUAAACGCACAAUCAUUUACGCGCAGUGUCUGCCAGUGAGCCCGCGAGGCUGCUUCAUCAGCCCAUCUGACGUCUCCUUCCCUCGGCGAGGAUCCGCGCGGUCUCCCCGCUCGGUUAACCGUUGUUGUGGAGCGCAGCUGCAAGCGACACCGAUCAGCGUGAUCACACAUGAGGAGCGCGAGCGAACCGUGGAAACCAUUCAUCUCCACCGUCAAAAUACCACGCACGCGACGCCAGCGCGCUGAUACUGGAAUCUAGAGCGGCCCCCCGGUGCCCCAUCCAUCCAUCUAUCCAUCCAUCCAUCCAGCGGCGCUGCGCUAAGCGGGGGAACCCGAGAGCAUCCCUCCAUCCCACCCUGCCUGUCCUCCCCCUCCUCCUCAUCAUAUGUCAGAGCUCCAGGGGGGUCUCAUCUAAGUCAGGGACCAGGGGGGAGGAGGAGGGAGGCUGUUCGUGGCCGCGGUAGACGCACCCUCCGCGAGGUGAGGCUGGGCUGAAGCGCCGCUGUGUCGGAGGAUGCUGCGGGAGUAGAGCGGCUCAGAGCGGAAGAUGGGGAAGGACCAGGAACUGCUGCAGGCGGUGAAGACCGAGGACCUGCUCACCGUGCAGAAGCUGCUGCAAAGGCCCCGGCCAGGGAAAGCAAAGCUCCUCGGUUCUGCAAAGAAAGUGAAUGUCAACUUCCAGGAUACAGACGGGUUUUCUCCACUGCAUCAUGCGGCGCUCAACGGGAACCUGGAGCUCAUUACUCUGCUGCUGGAGUCACAGGCUGCUGUCGACAUCAGAGACCACAAAGGUAUGCGGCCUCUGCACUACGCAGCCUGGCAGGGGAAGGCGGAGCCCAUGAAGAUGCUGCUGAAAUCUGGUUCGUCUGUCAACGGCCAGUCAGAUGAAGGACAGAUUCCUCUCCACCUGGCGGCACAGCACGGCCACUACGACGUGUCGGAGAUGCUGCUGCAGCACCAGUCCAACCCGUGUAUCGUGGAUAACGCAGGGAAAACACCUCUGGACCUGGCCUGUGAGUUCGGCAGAGUCGGGGUGGUCCAGUUGUUGCUGUCCAGUAACAUGUGUGCCGCUUUGCUGGAGCCCAAAAAAGGAGACACUACCGACCCCAACGGGACGUCUCCUCUCCACCUGGCCGCCAAGAAUGGACACAUAGACAUCAUCAGACUGUUGAUCCAGGCAGGCAUCGACAUCAACAGACAGACCAAAGCGGGCACGGCCCUGCAUGAAGCUGCCCUGUGUGGGAAGACCGAGGCAGUGAGACUCCUGCUGGAGAGCGGGAUCAACGCCACAGUGAGGAACACCUACAGCCAGACGGCUCUGGACAUCGUCUACCAGUUCACUGCAACACAGGCCAGCCGAGAGAUCAAACAGCUGCUGAGGGAUGCUUCAGCUGCCCUUCAGGUUCGGGCUCUGAAGGAUUACUGCAACAACUACGACCUGACCAGCCUCAACAUUAAAGCAGGGGACGUCAUUACGGUUCUGGAGCAGCACCCAGACGGACGCUGGAAAGGCUGUAUCCAUGACAACCGGACAGGAAACGACCGAGUCGGCUACUUCCCUUCCACCAUGGUGGAGGUCAUCAGCAAGCGCACAGGUUUGGCCAGCACAGUCAUUUGCACUCAACAGUUUCAAAAGAUACCGCUGGUUCCUCCGGCGACGGUUGCCCCUGCCAACGCGGUAGUCAACGGCAACGACACCACGUUCCAUCAGAUCCAUAUCCUGCCUCCACCGCCUCCUCCUCCACCACAUUCCCAUCAGCCACUGCUUCCACUUUUCACUUCCUUUGGCUAUAACAAGUCGCCCGUGACAACCCCACAGGGAGACACACCCACUGCCCCAGGUUGCCGCGGCUCAGAGGCAAGUCCUCACAGCUCUCCCACCACAUCCAGCGGGCCCCAUGGAGGCUCCAACGAAGAGAUCUGGGUACUGCGCAAGCCCGUGGCAGGUGGAGACCGCAGCAGCGUGGGUAGUUCUGGCAGUGUGACCAGUGUGAGGUCGUCGGGCAGCGGUCAGAGCGCCGGCAGUGCUGCACACAUCCUCCACGCACAGGCUGAAGGGGUAAAGCUUCUUGCCACAGUGUUGUCCCAGUCUGCCAAAGCCAAGGAGCACCUACUGGAGCAGUCCAAGUCUGUGGACCAGCCUCCAGGCUCCGCAGGCUCCUCUCGGACAUCGAGCCAAUCGGGUUGUCCACUCCACGAAGCGCCGCCUUACGACGCCACGGCAACCAGGAAGGGGGAGGGGCAAGGCGAGGGGAAGGAUCUGACAGCUAUCGGAAUAACUAAACCAGGUCACAGAAAGAAGAUGACAUCAGAGAUCAACAAGCUGAGUGUCAGUGAGUGGCUGCCUGAGCACAAACCUGCCAAUCUAGGAGAGUGGCUGUCUGCUAUUGGUCUGAGCCAGUACCACCAGGUGUUGGUGCAGAACGGUUACGAGAACAUUGAGUUCAUCACUGACAUCACCUGGGAGGACCUGCAGGAAAUAGGCAUCAUUAAACUGGGCCACCAGAAGAAGCUGAUGCUGGCGGUGAAGCGACUGGCUGAAAUGCAGCGCAGUUCAGAUGGGCGGGGCUCCCUCAGAAAGAAACCCCCGCCAAUCACACAGCAGCAGGACGUCAUGUCAAUGGAGAGCCCGCCUCCAGACGAAAUCAUGUCUCCAAAGAUGAGCACUUUCCAGGACAGCGAGUUGAGCACCGAGCUACAGAGUGCCAUGACCCAGCCAGGUCAGGAGGUCAAAGCUCAGCGAACACGCAGCAAAGACCACGAUGAGGUGAUGACAGGUGGAGGUGGAGGAGGAGGAGGUGCUGGGCCACCAAAGAAGGAGGCGCGGACUAUGAGGCAGCAGAGCAGCCAGGGAAGCACCUCCUCUCACAGAGGCAGCGUCUCCUCUCAAGGCAAACACCGUCACUCCCACUCCCAUUCGCAGCCUGCGCCUCCCUACACGCCGCCUCACACCCCCACCAAGACCAGGACCUCCUCUUCCUCAUCCACCUCCUCCGUCCAGAGCACAGCUUCCCCGCAGGCCAAACACAAGCCGUCCCCUCAGUUCAUCCAGGGGGAGAGACCUCAGUCGCCGCGCUCCCACCCUCCUCAGUCUCCAACCCAACGCGGACCUCCAUGUAACCAGCUUCCGCCUCAGCAACAACAGCAGCCUCAAGUCCAGCCGCAGCACCAGGCGCACCCUCAGCACCACCCACAGACACAGGUGAUGGAGGUCAGGGAGAACCAACAACAACAACAACAACAACAACAACAACAGCAGCAACAACAACAACAGCAGCAACAACAACAACAACAACAACAGGUCCCGGUCCUCUGCCUCCCACCAGAGGCGGAGCUGGCUGAGGGAGAAGAAGAGCCUUCAGCGCUCCAGAAGAAACGCGCCCACAGUCUCAACCGAUACGCCGUCUCAGACGGUGAGUGUGACGAGAGGGCAGGUGGAGGCGGAGGACGAGAGGGAGAUGCAGAAGUGGCGGGAGGUCAGGGCUCUGCCGUCGUCAGAGCGGAUGGAGUUAAGUACGCCACGGUGACCCACCGCGUCAGUCGCAGCCACUCCGUCCGCAACCAGGACAAGACCGUCAGCCGCAAUCAGACGCAGUCGUUUGCUCUGCGUCAGAAGAAAAAAGGCCCGCCCCCACCGCCGCCCAAACGCUCCAGCUCUGCGAUCUCCACCUCCAACUCCAACCUGACAGAAGCGAACGCGCAGCCGCAGAUGGUCACCACCACAGGGGGGAUGCUGGACGUGCCUUACCACCAACAGCGACGGGCCAGCGACCUGGGAGUGUCUGUGGAGGCCGCUAAUGUGGAGACGAGCAGCGUGGGUAGUGUGAGGAGCAUCGCCGCCAUGUUGGAGAUGUCUUCCAUAGGGGGUGGAGCCAAAGGCAUGGCGUUGCAGAAGAACUUCCUGCAGGUGGGAAAAACACGUGACGCCAUCGGUCUGGACGGCGAAGUGGUGAACAGACGGCGGACCAUUAGUGGCCCAGUAACGGAGCUGGUGGCGGCUGCCAGGCGUGACCAACCAGCUCCCACUGCUUUCCCCGCUCCCUCCGUCCAGCCUGAAACCUCCCCUCCCCCUGUAAACUCCUCCUCCCCCAACCCUCCGUCUUCCCCCCACCCGAGCUCGGGAGGUAGCGGCAGCUCAUCGGAGAACCUGCCGUUUGCAGACGAGGGAAAUCUGACCAUCCGCCGCCAGGGUCGAGGAGAAGGAGAAGGACAGGGCGACGGCGAGGCUCCCCAGGGAGACGGAGGCUACGCGCAGGAGGACAUCUCCAGGGUCGAGGGCACAGGGACCUUGAAGCGACGGCCCCGCAGCAGCUCCAAGCCCCACCCCAAUGGCUCUGACUUCACCCUCCAGGAGUCGUCCACCGUCAAGCGACGGCCCAAGAGCCGCGACAAGGAGCCAGAGGGCUACACAGACAUGGCCGCCAACGGAGAGCCUGUGGCGACUGGGCAGCCGAACACCACGCAGCCGGUGCCGUACCAGAACGGCACAGCCACAGUGAAACGCCGCCCGGUGUCUGAUACUGGAGUGACGGAGCAGCCGCAACCUCAGCCUCAACCACAACAAGUAAUGGCUGCUCCUCGCCGGGACUCUGUGGACCAAUCAGCUCCAGUGGCCAAUGAAGGAGGUCCGGUGAGAAAACCAAAGCCUCCGGUUUCCCCGAAGCCUGUCGUGGCUCAGAUUAAGAGACAGGGAGGUCCACCAACGCCCCCGCAGCCUGUCUCCAACAAGAGAGUCCCCCUGCCGGGCCCGGGGACGCCUGGAAGCCCAGUGGAAGGAAAGAAGAUCCCUCCUCCUGUCUCGCCUAAACCGACGCCUCCGCCCACGGCACCCAAACCGGCUAAGCUCAUCCAUUCGAUGACCAGCCCCCCCUCUCCGACCCCGGCCCCGAAUCCGGCGAACGCUCCAGUGAAGCAGCACCCUGCGAUGGCCCGACAGACCAGCUCACCCCCCUGCUUCCCCCCUUCCAACAUCCCCAGCCCGCCAAACACCAAGCCACUGAGCCCAUCUCCCCAGAGCCCACACACCCCGCAGACCCCGCCCACACCACAGACGCCCCAGACCCCUGCCACUCCCAGCCCGACCCCACCACCUGUCAAGCCCCCUCGCUCCUCCAUUGGGGGUGUGUCUGUGGAUAGCGGGAUGUCAGGAGGCGGGGUGACGGCGCCGGUCGCGACAACGCCGGACUUCAGUGUGGAUUCUUUGGUGCAUCAGAAACUGGAGGAGACGAGUGCGUCGCUGGCAGCGGCUCUGCAGGCUGUGGAGGAUAAGAUACUGCGGCAGGAUGACUCUGUGGCCGAACAGAAGACCACGGUCAGCAUCCUCGACGACAUCGGCAGCAUGUUCGACGACCUGGCCGACCAGCUGGACGCCAUGUUGGAGUAACCACAGAAACCAGUCAGCGUGUCUCCACGGCAACGUUGCAUCAGGAGUGACUCAGACGGCACAAUGGGCAACAACAUGCCUCUCUAUUCCUCUCUCUUUCUCUCUUCAUCCUCCUUUCUCUGUCGUGCUCAUCCCCCUCUCACUCCUCCUGCUGUCCGUCCGUCCAUCCGUCCGUCUAUCGCUGCUGCUCUGGAACACCUCCUCUCUCCUCCUCUUCCUCUCAUCUCCUGUCGCUGACGAUGAAAAUGACGGAGCAGCGCCACAAGCCUGGACAGACGUGUGGCAGAGAGAAUGAAGAGAGAGACGCUGACAAAGAGAGAGGCUUUAAUGAAACAAAAAAAAAGGACUGAUGUGGAGAGGAAAAAAAAAAAUCACAAGACGGAGAGACGAAGAAGAAAUGCAACAAGAUGGAGGAGACUGCAAUCAAAACGUGGGUCUUUUCAGAACUCCACACGGACUCUUGAAGCUCCGACGGCGAACAAAUAAACUAAACUAAUACUGAUUGAAAAACCAACUGUGUAUGAAUCAUAGUCUGGUAUGUGUACAUUCUAAGCAUGGAGAGUUUAUAUCUACUGAAAAAGUCCUGCAUUAGCACAGUAAUAUAUAUAAUAUACCGAUAAAUAUGAAUCUCUAGCUCUUUGGUUUGAUGUCUUGGUUCUGUGUGGAAUGGUGACCUCUGGUGUUGUGACGAUGUAAAUGACUUGGUGGAAAGAUUUUUAUCUGUGACCAAAACGAGACUAUUCAGCUCCUGAGGUGUGUGUGUGUGUGUGUGUGUGUGUGUGUGUGUGUGUGUGUGUGUGUGUGAGAGAGAGAGAGUGUGUGUGUGUGUGAGAGAGUGUGUGAGUGUGUGAGAGAGUGUGUGAGUGUGUGAGAUAGGGACAGUGUGACAGAUGUGUGCAUGAGAGCAUGUUGGAAUUUCAGGAUCAGAUUCAGUCCUGGCUGCGUUCAAAACACUCUGCUGCAUCCUCAUCAUCACCCCCAACACACACACACACACACACACACACAGGAGAAGCACAAUGACCCAUGCAGCCAGCUUGCACACACACACACAUGGGGAGUCUGCACAAUAUGAACCCAGUGAGAGGAGAGGAAGCUGCAGGAAGGCGACAGCAGGUUGUCUGAAUGAAGGAUUUCAGGAUGUUGUUAAAGGGGAGCAAAGUUUUAGCAAAGUGGAGGUGGUGAAGAUUUUAGGAGGAUGGGUCAAAGGUCAGAUUGGACUCAGCUGCACCACAAGCAGCAGGGUCAGACACAUGUGGCUACAGAGAGAUGGGAACUCAGUUUGACCCGACGGUUUCAAAUCAUUCCUGAUACCUGCUGUUAUCGCUGAAGAAAACAAGGAUCCAGCAACAAACUCAGAAAACUGAAAACCUUUUGACUAUUUUCAAACACUUAUAAGUAGGGAUGGAUUGAUGCAACUUUUCCUCUUCCAAUACCUUGAAGGGAAAUUUUUCAACCUGGACUUUAUUUUUCCUGUUUUGUGUCUAAUGGGAACAACCGUUUUUAAAUUGUUCCCGUAUUGAGAGCGCUGCAGCCAGCGAGGGGCGAAACCACCUGCGAUGUAACCACUCGGUGUGAGCGCAGCACUAACGUACGUCUCAUUUACGUACGAUGUCAGUUCAGUCAGACAUCUCACGUUUAAAUGUUUAUUUCAACAGCAGAACAUAGUCAGAGUUUGGCGACCUCAUCACUCCUCGCAGAUGUGUUUACAUGAGAUAUUGGGGAGAUAGAUUAAUUGGUGGAUGCUGGGGUGGAGGUAGGGCUGAAAGAGCAAGCAGGGCAGCAGCGGUACUGACAUACAUCCUCUGUAUGUGUGCACGCUUUCUAAAAGCUUACGGAAGAAACUGAGCAGAGAUCGUGGUCGUUAACGUAGUUCAAGCGAGAUACGACUGUAGAAGACGACAUUUAAAAAACGGAACAAAUCAGAAAUAUAUCGGUGGCGAUUCUCAGUCAUCCAGGUCAUGGUAACCAUUAGUGCUGUAUCGAACCAAACAGGGCAGGUGUGAAAUCACACUAAGAAUAACAAGUGACAAAAACAAACACUUUUAGUGGACGUUCAUUGACGAGUCGCUAAUUGCCCUGAAAGAUUACAUUGGAUUACAGGCUGCAGCGCUAUUUCAAAAACUGUUAAUCGCACUUUGAAGGAAAAGAAAGAAAGAAAACGGGGAAAUUAGGGUCCAGGUUGAAAAAUACCAAAGUUAUCCUUUAAUUUAAAUUAUCAGAUGAUGCAGAUUAACGAUCCAGUAUUUGUGCUUCCUUUGUCCCAAAAUUUAAAAGUCCUACUCAGACAUAUUAAUCAUUCUCAUUUGAACAGUGAUUUGUUUCUAAAAAAUAAUUUACCAUGUUAAAAAAAUCAGAACUACAAGUGUUGCUUCUCCUUCAUUGAGAAAUCCUGAAUCUAUGAGCAGGCUUUUAUUUUUAUAGGUGUGUUAAAACCUGUUGGUCAGCAGCCUGCCUCUGGUGAGUGAAUGUAAGUGAUAGAGGAAACAUUUAAUUUUAUAACACUAUUUAACAUGCAUCUGACUGAAUCUGGAUCUGCGGUCACAUACUGGUGCAUCCCUACUUUAAGGCCCCGUGUUCACUCGUAUAUUCAGAUCCAAAACUUUCCAGAAUCCCUGAAAUCUUCUCAGCAGGAAAUUAAACGUAGAUCACAUCACGUCCUCCCUAACACCUCGGUGGACGACCGUCCUCUUUCCAUCUCCAUCUCUCUCUCGUCCCACACGCUCCUAACCACCCACCCCGUGUUGCCAUGACAAUCUACAUUAUCACCCUCACCAUCCUCAUCAGCAUCACCAUGGUUACGACAGUGUGUUGCCAUGACAUGGGAUAAAAAAAAAAUUAAAAAAAAGUGCGAGCGGCAGCAGAGAUCUGUGAAGCUGGAUGGUUUCAUGUUUAAAGGGGCACCCCAGUGAUUCAGCAUCACACCUCCAUAAAGAGUCUGGAUACUACACUACCCAUGAUGCAACUCAUGUCUUUCACAGGGCUGUACCAAGUGGUUCAAAUCUUCAUUUAUGACACUGACAAAAUUCCAAAUCAAUAUUUAAAUGCUUGUUUUGCAUGUUUGUUCAGUCAGUUUAAACCCUGUAUUUCUGCGCAGGUGCAGAUAUAGAUCAGACCAGAGGUUCCCAACUGGUGGGUCGCGGCCCAAAAGUGGGUCCACUCUUAAUAAACCACAAAUGACACAACAAACAUGUCAAGUCGGGCACAUAGCUUUUACUCUGAAGUGCUGAUUCCUGCUGUAGAGUGAAUGACUAACAGACAGAUACUUAACAAAGACAGCAAACUAGCUUGAGGACAUGGCCAAACGCAAGUAUGACACUGAAUAUAUUAAACUGUGUGGACCUUUAACUUAGAGAAGAAGAAGAAAUCUGAACCCCGUGGCCGAAUUAGUUGGGAACCACUGAAUCAGACUACACUAACUGUAUUAGUAUUAUACUAUUUGCUGAAUUGGAUUCCAGUGGUGGCUGCAAACUUGUGUGAUUCAAAAAUUUAUAAUAACUCCAGGGUGUUUUCAAGUCCAUAAUUCUGAAUUUUAUUGGGAAAAAAAAAAUGUAAUCAUUUUCAAAAUUCCCAGUGUUUAUAUGUAAUGAAAUAUUCUGCUUUAAUUAGGGAUGUCAUUGGUUAAUAGCCUUGAAUAUUUUUGGCUGGUUAUGCAUGUCGGUCUACAAGUUAAUUAUGUUAACAAUAUGCCCACUUUCCAGUCUCCCUCCGAGGUCUUCCGCUGAGUAAGCAGCUUAAUUUUGCCCCCUUAAGCAUCGUUAACGAUGUUAGCACUGUUAGCACAAUUAGCAUCGCUAGUGGUGCUAACAAAGUUAACAAUGCCAAAGGGGGUUUGUGGUAAAAAAAAAAAAAAAAGGAAGCUGCUUUCUCACCAGAGAGAUAUGUGGGGGAGAUCGAAGGGUGGCCACCACCAGCCCAAUGAGUGGCACCACUCCAGGUGGUACCAAGCCCCCAGUAAGAGCGCCGGGCUUUGAAGCCAAUUCAACAUCGUGUUCAAAAGUGGAACUACACAGUUAUGUGAUGUCAUAGGGCCAAAAAGACUUUUUUCCAAAGACAUACAUUGUGGAGGAGACGUCUGUGGAUCAGCGGAUACAUUUUGUUAAACGUUACAUCCCUGCUAAUGACUCGUUUCACUAUGGGGAUUGGACCCAUUCGAUCUAAUAACAUUUUAAAAGUCUAGAAGAGCCACACAAUUAAAUUGUUUUAUCCCCAGUUAAGUUAGCGGAGCACUAAACCGCAAGUUGGCCAGUGUUAGCCAAGGCUAACACUGGCCAACCAGGAGAGACCAGAGGGUGGGCAGAGGACACUAUGUUCCCGCAUGUUAACGGCUAGCUGUUAGCAAAGUCAACAAAGCCAACAAAAAAUGUAAUAAAAGGCAAGACAUUACUUACAUGCUCUGCGAUUAAUUAAUCUAAAUUAAUCGCAUACAUACAUUUUUGCUGUGAAAGUAUUUUAAAAUCAGUUCAAAGGAAAUUUUGUCACAUGUGUUGUCGUAAAGCUGCUGGAUUUUGGACACAGUCGUCCCCCUGUCUUCUACCUUUUGGAAAGUUUUAAGGGUGAUGAUGUCUCAGUGUAAGAUGACUGACAUUUGGUACAGCCCUCGUGUUUCAUUAGACCCUCUCUACCUGGUAAAAAGCUGCACUAACUAACCAGGACUAGAACGCCCAUAUUCAUGUGUAAAACUGGUGGAGUGCCCCUUUAAGUUCCUCACACAGGUGCAAUACUCUGAUAUUCCAUAUGCACCUCAGCUUAUUAAUAAAAUCCAGGUUUCACAGUGCGACAGCAGCCGACCACACUCCUCAUAUAAACGAGUAAGACUUCAGAGAAUAGUUGUGGUAUUUAAAUUAUGAUCACAUAGAGAUUAUAUAUAUGGAUAUUUGCAAAAAAAAAAAAUAAGAAGUGUAUUUAUGAUGUGUGUGUCAUCCUGAAGACUAUUUUUCAAAGUAAACAGAUCUAAUCUGAGUGUUGAGUCAGUUUGCUUCUCCAUGCUUAAAGUGGUCCGAGCCGAUCAACCAUUGUAGGAUACCAUGUUGGGAUAUAACCAGGAAGCGUUUGUUUUUUAUUUUCCUCUGCCUACAUGUGUCCAGGUGUGGCGAUGUGUAUAAUACAAGCAAUUCUUGUUGUUACGUUUUAUUAUUUUUCUAUCAUUUUAAAUGCAAUGUUUGUUUCUUUUUCUUUGAAACAUGUGCCUUGCUUUGUGAUUUUGGUCUGACUACAAUACAGUAGAUGGGUAUGUACAAU